UCAAAGCUCUCACAUUACUUUUACCGUCGCGUCACGUGUGCCCGUCUUCGGGCGGAUGUAUUCACUCACACGAUCGCGGAUCUUGCCGAGGCGGGCCAACCUACUCCUUUUGGACGCGCAAUCCGUGUUCGGAACUCCGCCGUGGGAGCUCUGGAAAUCUUAUAUCGAACCACAAUCCCACCACCGACAUAUCUGUUGCUGCGGUUUGAGGUCUCGAGGGACGACAAGACUUCGAAUCAAGCGAGAAAUCCGAAAAACACCGACGCAAUGGCAAGUCUGAGCCAACUGCUGCCAUUCGCAGUGGCAGCUGUUGCAGUGUUGGGCGGCCUGUACUUCUUCUUGAAUCGUAAGAUGCACGACUCCAGAACCUGCUGCAACUCAUCUAACAGGGACACAGAGAAGUCGCAGCCGAAGAACAGAAAAGUGCUCAAUCCCGAAACCUUCCAAGAAUUUCCCAUCUCCGAGAAGACGCAGAUCUCGCACAACACCGCCAUCUACCGCUUCAAGCUCCCCAACGAGAACGACAUCCUCGGUCUACCCAUCGGACAACACAUCUCUCUCGCCGCGACACUCGAUGUCACCGACCCCAAGACCGGCAACACGGAGCGCAAGGAAGUCGUACGAUCCUACACACCCAUCUCAUCCGAUGUCGAGCCUGGCUAUUUCGAUCUCAUCGUCAAGAGCUAUCCUACUGGUAACAUCUCGCGCCAUCUCGCUACUCUCAAUGUCGGCGACACGAUGAAGGUCAAGGGCCCGAAGGGCGCUAUGGUCUACACCCCCAACAUGGUCCGGAGGUUUGGUAUGAUUGCUGGCGGUACUGGAAUUACCCCAAUGCUGCAGAUUGCGCGUGCUGUCCAAAGAGGCCGCAAGAGCGGGGACAAGACUGAGGUGGAUCUCAUCUUUGCCAAUGUCAAUGAGAACGACAUCCUGCUGCGUGAGGAUCUGGACAAAUUGGCGAAGGAGGACCCGAACUUCAGAGUCCACUACGUCCUCAACAACCCACCCGAGAACUGGUCCGGAGGUGUUGGAUUCGUCACUGCUGAGAUGAUCAAGGUCAGACUUGAUGAGCAAACCGAGCAAGCGCUAGCUCUCGUACUAACGAAACGUAGGGCCAUCUCCCCGCGCCGGCUGCGGAUGUCAAGAUUCUCGUCUGCGGUCCACCGCCCAUGGUCUCUGCCAUCAAGAAAGCCACAGAGUCUCUCGGAUACACCAAGGCCCGCCCAGUCAGCAAGCUCGAAGAUCAAGUCUUUGCAUUCUAA